AAAUGUCGAGUACCAAGUCCAAAAAGAAGCACCGGGCCAGGACCCAGAGGGCCACGUCCAAUAUUUUUGCCAUGUUUAAUCAGGCCCAGAUUCAGGAAUUCAAGGAAGCCUUCAACAUGAUAGACCAGAACCGUGACGGCUACAUCGACAAGGAGGACCUGCUGGAAAUGAUGACGUCACUAGGUAAGGACCCGUCUAACGAGUACCUGGAGAAGAUGAUCACGGAGGCCCCGGGACCAAUCAACUUCACCAUGUUCCUCACUCUGUUCGGCGAGAAACUGACAGGCACAGACCCAGAGGACGUCAUACAAAACGCCUUCGCUUGCUUCGACAUCAACGAUUCAGGUUUGAUACAAGAAGAUUAUCUGAAGGAAUGUCUGAUGACAAUGGGUGAGCGCUGGACAGAUGAUAUGGUGGAAGAUCUAUUUCACGGGGCUCCCAUACAAAAGGGUCUCUUUGACUACAAGGAAUUCACACGCAUGCUGAAACACGGAUCUCGAGAUAAAGAAGACGACCAGGUGCCCUCUCUACCUCCGGAGGAGUUAGCAUUCAAUCCUAACGCUCCAAAAUAGUGUCCAUCAGAGAUUAUACAAAUCGUCUCAUCCAUAGGCUGUGGACAUAAUUACAUAAUGAGCUAGAUAUAUCUCUUCCAAAGAGGACAAAGACACAGUGUAUCAUUGAAAUGUGCCAAUUUAUUUGUAUUCAAUUGAAAAUAAAACACAAUGUAAACAUUCUUCCAA